GAAAGGUAGAAUUUUUGAUGGAUUCUCUGAUUUGUUUUAUCUUUUGUGUGUGAUUUAGUAUACAUUUUGACCUAGAUAUAUGUACUGAUGCCUAGAUUUUGUCUUGCAGUGUUGAAAAACGUUUGUUUUGCUUGAGAGUUGAGACUAUAGGAGAAAUUCUUUGUCAUGGAUAUAGAUCUUCGACUACAUUCAGGUGACCUUUGCAAAGGAGAUGAUGAGGAUAGAGGACUUGAUAAUGUGUUGCACAAUGAACACAAACUUCAUGAUGCUGAUGAAGAAGAUAUGGAUAUUGGCAAAAUUGAGGAUGUUUCGGUUGAGGUUAAUACUGAUGACAGUGUAGGCAUGGGUGUUCCAACGGGGGAGUUGGUUGAGUAUUCAGAGGGUAUGAAUCUUGAACCUCUCAAUGGUAUGGAGUUUGAGUCACAUGGUGAAGCGUAUUCGUUUUACCAGGAGUAUUCUCGAGCUAUUGGGUUUAACACUGCGAUACAGAACAGUCGUCGGUCGAAAACUACAAGAGAGUUUAUUGAUGCAAAGUUUGCCUGCUCUAGGUAUGGUACCAAAAGAGAAUAUGACAAGUCUUUUAAUCGGCCACGAGCUAGACAAAGCAAGCAAGAUCCAGAGAAUAUGGCUGGUCGGCGAACAUGUGCGAAAACCGACUGCAAAGCUAGUAUGCAUGUUAAGAGAAGGCCAGAUGGGAAAUGGGUAAUUCACAGCUUUGUUAGGGAGCAUAAUCAUGAGCUCUUACCUGCACAAGCUGUGAGUGAACAGACUAGAAAGAUAUAUGCUGCAAUGGCUAAGCAGUUUGCUGAAUAUAAAACUGUUAUCAGCCUUAAAAGUGAUUCGAAAAGUUCUUUUGAAAAAGGUCGGAAUUUAUCGGUGGAAACAGGGGAUUUCAAAAUCUUGCUUGACUUCUUGUCACGGAUGCAAACUUUGAAUUCCAACUUCUUUUAUGCGGUAGAUCUGGGCGAUGAUCAGCGAGUGAAGAAUGUUUUUUGGGUAGAUGCAAAGAGCAGGCAUAACUAUGGCAGUUUUUGUGAUGUUGUUUCUCUAGACACCACCUACGUGAGAAACAAGUACAAGAUGCCACUUGCUAUUUUUGUUGGAGUGAACCAGCACUACCAGUAUAUGGUCCUUGGGUGCGCCUUAAUAUCCGAUGAGAGUGCAGCAACAUAUUCUUGGUUAAUGGAGACCUGGCUGAGAGCGAUGGGUGGACAAGCUCCAAAGGUUUUGAUCACUGAGGUAGACGUUGUAAUGAACUCCAUUGUUCCCGAAAUCUUCCCCAAUACACGGCAUUGCCUUUUUCUUUGGCAUGUAUUGAUGAAGGUUUCUGAGAAUCUUGGACAAGUUGUUAAGCAACAUGAUAAUUUCAUGCCAAAGUUUGAGAAGUGCAUCUAUAAAUCAGGGAAAGAUGAAGACUUUGCGAGAAAAUGGUAUAAGAAUCUUGCUAGAUUCGGCCUCAAAGAUGAUCAAUGGAUGCAUUCUUUAUAUGAAGACCGCAAGAAAUGGGCACCAACCUACAUGACUGAUCUUCUUUUGGCUGGGAUGUCUACAUCUCAGCGAGCUGAUAGUAUUAAUGCUUUCUUCGACAAGUAUAUGCAUAAGAAGACUAGUGUACAAGAAUUUGUAAAGCAAUAUGAUAUAAUUUUGCAAGAUAGAUGUGAAGAAGAAGCCAAAGCUGAUUCUGAAAUGUGGAACAAGCAGCCAGCAAUGAAGUCUCCAUCGCCAUUUGAGAAGAGUGUUUCUGAAGUCUAUACUCCUGCAGUAUUCAAAAAGUUCCAGAUUGAAGUUUUGGGUGCGAUUGCGUGUAGUCCCAGGGAGGAGAACCGAGAUGCCACAUGUUCUACUUUUAGAGUGCAGGAUUUUGAAAACAACCAGGACUUCGUGGUAACAUGGAACCAAACAAAGGCUGAAGUCUCUUGCAUCUGUCGGUUAUUUGAGUAUAAAGGGUAUCUCUGCAGACACACUCUUAAUGUUCUUCAGUGUUGUCAUCUUUCUUCCAUCCCCUCGCAGUACAUAUUGAAACGAUGGACGAAAGAUGCAAAAAGCCGGCGUUUUUCAGGAGAACCUCAGCAGUUGCAGACUAGGCUGCUCCGGUAUAACGAUUUGUGCGAACGAGCAUUAAAGCUGAAUGAAGAGGCAUCCCUCUCUCAAGAGAGUUACAGUAUUGCAUUCCUUGCUAUUGAAGGAGCUAUAGGAAACUGUGCUGGUAUUAAUACUUCCGGCAGAAGUCUUCCAGAUGUUGUAACGUCACCAACUCAAGGUCUGAUUUCUGUCGAGGAGGAUAACCAGAGCAGAAGUGCAGGCAAAACCAGCAAGAAAAAGAAUCCAACUAAGAAAAGAAAAGUGAACUCAGAGCAGGAGGUUAUGGCAGUUGCAGCGCCAGAAAGCUUGCAACAGAUGGAUAAGCUGAGCCCAAGGACGGUUGGCAUUGAAAGCUAUUAUGGACAGCAGAGUGUACAAGGAAUGGUCCAGCUGAACUUAAUGGCGCCAACUCGCGAUAAUUUCUACGGGAAUCAACAAGCAAUUCAAGGAUUGCGACAGUUGAACUCGAUAGCACCAAGCUACGACAGUUACUACCAUCCUCAGCAAGGCAUCCAUACCCAGGGAGUAGAUUUCUUCCGGCCUCCCAAUUUUCCUUACGAUAUCCGGGAUGAUCCUAAUGUGAGGACUACGCAGUUGCAUGAGGAUGCAUCUAGACACUCGUAAACCAAAACUAUAAGCUAACCACGAAUCAAAUCUUAGAGUCGUCAGUCUGUGGAUGAAAGAUUCAAAUCUCAGAGAACAGAAGCCAACGAGCACUAGAACGCGGUCAGGUUUGGAACAGAACAUGAGACAAAGCUCUGUUUUAUCUUCUCAAGUGUUAAAAAAUAGGAUGUUGUAUU